AUUACAAAUAUUGCCCACUCCUCUCUUUAAAAUGAUUCUUCUGCGACAACAAGAAAAGCGAGAAGAAGAAGAAGAAAAUCCAAGCUUUUGCCUGCUUCUCUCUCUCUCUUUGCUCUGUGAAUCAUCUGCCAUUUGUCCAUACUCAAUUCUCUUGCUUCUGAGUUUCUGUCAAACCAUUCUUCUGCUCAUGCUUUGCUCGCGGUUUGUCCAUGGAAAUCGUUUCUCUCUCUCACCAUGGUUUUUCGCUUCCUCUUCUUCGCUCUGGUUACCAAGAACUUGGGCUUUUCAGCGCUUCAUCUUCUCUGCCGAUGAAUAUGUCUAGAGGUCUUCAGUACAGUUCCUCUCUACAUCAAGCAUAUUUGGGAAAUGGUGCUCAACAGUAUUGCUUCUCAGCCAUCAUCAGAAAACGUGUUGGUGUCUCUUGGUGUUAUCUUACUCCAAACGAGAAUCUAUACAACCCUUGGGACAACAACCUGUUUAGUGGAAAAAGAAACCCUCGGUACAUUAUUGCUAGGUCUGAACUUGCAAAAAUGGGAACUCAUGAAGCUGGUUAUCCAUUAUCAGGAGUACCAUUGAGCUCUAAAGUCAGAGGAACGUUCUUUUAUGCUACUACUGGAAUCACUGCUAUUUUUCUCUUUAUGCUUAUGCUGGUGGCACAUCCAUUUGUGUUAUUGACGGAUAGAUACCGCAGAAGUAUUCAUUAUUCAAUUGCCAAAAUGUGGGCAAGUUUGACUAUUGCUCCAUUUUUUAGGAUCAAAUAUGAAGGGUUGGAGAAUUUGCCCUCUCCUAAUUCUCCUGCUGUGUUUGUUUCAAACCAUCAGAGCUUUCUAGACAUAUAUACACUUCUUACCCUUGGCAGAAGCUUUAAGUUCAUUAGCAAGACUGCAAUAUUUCUCUUUCCCAUUAUUGGUUGGGCUAUGUUUAUGAUGGGUGUCAUUCCUUUGAAGCGUAUGGAUAGCAGAAGCCAGUUGGACUGUCUGAAGCGGUGCAUGGAGCUUAUAAGGAAGGGUGCAUCUGUAUUUUUCUUUCCAGAGGGAACACGUAGUAAAGAUGGAAAAUUAGGCGCUUUCAAGAAAGGAGCAUUCAGUGUUGCAGCAAAGACCAAAGUGCCAGUCGUACCCAUUACACUUGUCGGAACAGGUAGCAUUAUGCCAGCAGGAUUUGAAGGCAUCUUGAAUAAGGGAUCUGUGAAAGUCGUUAUCCAUAAGUCUAUGGUCGGAAGUGAUCCAGAAGCAUUGUGCAAUCAAGCUAGGAGUGUAAUUGCAGAUGCAUUGAGUAAGCAUGCCGAUUGCUGAGGUUUUCCAGUGAGUGAUUUUCGAUCCGAUGUGGAAUAUCUAUUGUGUUGACAAGAUGUACCAACUUCAUUUGAUUUGCAAAAAGUUUAAGAGGUAAUUUCCAAUAACAAAGGACAAUCUUCUUUGCUUAGAAUCUGGUUUAUGUGAGCCAGAAGGGGAGUGACUUAUUAAAGUUUUUAUCUACAUGCUUCACAAUCAUUCGGUUUUCUUUCUUUUGCAUAUUUCUCCUAGUCGUUAGGCAUAUGGUUUCUACAUGUUUCUGAAGUUUAAAUUUUCAAACGAAUGUGUAAAGCCUCUUGAAUUUUGUUUGUAACUUGAUAACAUGAACUGCUAUUAGUUUCAAAUUGUUAUACCAUGUUCAUCUUGGAUUUUGUUUUCCCUUCAA